AUGUGGGUCUCCCAACCUGGAGUCACAGGGCAGCUCAAGAGACAGGGAGUUCACAUGUGCAGCAAGACUGUCAGAGGCUGUUCUAUGCCCUCUUCCAUUGUAAAUGCGUGCCUGCUCAAUUGCUCAGUCGUUUCCGACUCUUGUGACUCCAUGGACUGGGGCCUGCCUGGCUCCUCUGUCCAUGGGAUUUUCCCUGCAAGAAUACUAGAGUGGGUUGCCAUUCCCUUCUCCAGGGGAUCUCCCCCCCACCCCCGCCCCCCAGGGAUCAAAUCUGUGUCUCUUAUGUCUCCUGCAUUGGCAGGUGGAUUCUUUACCACCGAACCACCUGGGAAUCCCUUAUCCAUCACACUGGCUCUUUCUCAAAUGCAAGAGAUGCUACUGCGAUAA